CAUCUGCUCUCAAUCUGGUCUCGACGAAAAAAGGUUUCCCAAUAUUUGUCCGCGGCCCUGCCCACCGGAGUACAUGGUUUGAAGCAGACUGGAGCUGUAAUAUUAGGCAAGCAUCACCAAAAGCUAUUAUGGGCUGCCGCGGGAUAAGAAAUACCAGCUCUUAAGCACGUUGUGAGGCCUGCGCUGUUUCGAAACUCACGCAGCUCCCAAACUAUUGGCUGAAAGCCAGCGGCAUUGUCCUCCCCGGGCUUGAGUCGCUCGGUUUCGUUUUUCUGAUUUCUUGCUAGAUUUCGUUUUCUCCGGUAGGUUUAAUUUCUCAAGUAGCCCCCGCCCUCUCCUUUCCUUGAGUUUGGCGGCGCAGCCCCGCCCGCUCCGCUUGCGGGACGCUUCGCAGAGUUUGGGGUUCUCGGGCAGCGAUGUCGUCCGGCGCCGUUUGCCUCCACAUGCAGCCCUGCUCCUACGAAGGCGCCGACAACGAGAAGGAAGUCUCGGCCCACCUCAAACCUGCCUCGAGGAGAGUCGCCGGGGAGCAGCCCAGUGACUAUCUCCUCUGGUCAUUGUUCAACCUUUUCUUCUUGAGCGGCUACUGCUUCUGCUGUCUCAGCUUCAGCGCGCUCGUCUUCUCCGUCAAGGCAAGGGAUCGUAAAGUUAUUGGAGAUCCUGAAAGCGCGGCUACCUAUGGGAAGAAAGCCAGAUUCCUGAACAUUGCUGCCUGUCUUAUAGGCAUUGGAAUUACUGUUACUUGUUUCGUUGCAAUAAUUUUAAGUUCAGGAGAUAUUCUUAAAUUGUUCCGAGAAAUGAGGGAGAAACCCCAAUUAUUACAGCCAGGUCAAUGAAAAACAAGUUAUUCACCCAGGAUAUCAUCAUCAAACAUUUUUACUGCCUAUUGCUGCAUCACUUUUCUGUCUCAUGUAUAUUUUCCCUUGUCAAAAGAAGGAUUCUGUGCAGUUUAAUAUAGCUUGCCAUAUUGACAGCAGGAGACAUUCAGAUUCUAGAAUAGAGUUUUUCAACUGAAUUCUGCAGAACUCCAGACUUCCAUGACAACUUGACAGAGUUCACGAGAGACUUAAGACCAAGCAAACAAAAUUCAAUUCAGUACAGCCAGUGGUAUUCAAAGCAAUUUUUCUAAAGAAAAGCAGUCACAUCCCAAUAACUGAACACUGAUUUCUAUGUUAAAACAUUAAAUUCCCAAGUAAUUGUGUAAGUUUUUGUGCACUAGAAAAUGUUAAUUUUGCAUUUAUAAUAUUUUACUUUGUAUACUUAGGAUAAAUGGAGGAAUCAUGGGACACUAGUUGAGGUAUUAGUUAUUUUGAAAUUCAAAUAAUUGACAAAAAGCAUAAAAAUUAUUCUGAAAGUUUUCUGUUAUUACUGUAGUG